AGGAGAGAAGGCGCCCGGACAAGCUGUUCGACCCUGGCAUCCGCCAGGUGUACUGACGAGCUCGGAGGGGGAGGAGGGAAUGGCUGGCUUGCUCCUGGUCGACACGGUGUUCGACAAAUAUGUGCCCCUUUUUGACAUCCCAAGUCUCCUCCGUCUCGUCCAGCAAGCCUCCCUCCCCUUGAAUCUGGACAUUUUCAAGCGGACGAUCGCCGCCUGCGUCCGAAACAAAGAUGCGGUCAAGGCGCUGGGGCUUGUGGUGGAGAUGCGGGAGCGGGGCAUCAUUCCUGAUUUGGAGGUGUACGAGACGAUAACGGGGGGAUUCACCCAACAGGGGGAGCCGGACGUGGUGCUGGCC